AAGAUUAGAUUAUAGAUUAGAUUAGAUUAGACUAGAUUAUAGCAUAUUAUAGCAUGUAACUGUACGGAGAGAAAUGAGGAAUAAAACCCGGCACUUCUCGUUGAGCCUUGCAAGUGAAUGGAUGGUGUGAUUAUAACAGUUGGCGACGAGGCGGGCAAUACAUUAAAAAACGAAUCGAUAAUGGCUACAUUUAAUAUCGAGUCGUUUGUGCACGAGAAGUCCACUUGGCAAAGAUGGGUGAAGCGGUUUGCUGGUGCUGCUAAAGUGUUCAAAGUGGAUCCAGCGGACAUGCAGCAGACGCUCCUGCAUUACAUGGGCAGUGAGACUUACAACGUGCUGUGUGACUUACUCUCGCCGGACGAACCGGAGGCGAAAACGUACGACCAGAUCGUCAGCGCGUUAGACGAUCAUUUCGACCCCAAACCAUUGGAAAUGGUAGAGCUGUGGAAGUUCCGACAACGCACACAAAAGGAAGCAGAAAGCAUCACCGAGUUCGUGGCGGCGUUACAACGUGAAGCGAAAAACUGUGCGUUUGGUGAUUAUUUACAGAAAGGGCUGCGAAACCAGUUUGUGUUCGGUUUACGUGACAAAAUGAUACGCGCGAGGUUAAUAGGCGAAAAAGACUUAACGUUCGAGAAAGCAAAGCAAGUCGCAUUCUCGAUAGAAACAGUUAACGACGGUGUCGAAAUUUUAGCCCAACGGGCUCAGUCAGUUAACUUUAUGGAUCGAUAUCCAGCGCCAAGAAGCAAGCGAUACAAGUAA